CCAGGCUGAACUGGCAACUCCCAAAAUAGCAGCACAGCGAAUUCGGGAGCAUCUGAGAAAAAAAAAUGGCUGAAAUAAUUUCACCAAUAACUCGACAAGUAACUAAAGGAAGCCAGGAAAGUGUGACCUCUUCUGUGGAAAUUAAUCUCAAAGACGUCGAAAAUUGUUUAAUUUACGACGGGAAUGGAGUCUCUAUUCCGUUCAGGACCCUAUACCAAGACAGGAAAUCGGUCAUAAUUUUUGUGCGGAAUUUCUUGUGCUACAGCUGUAAAGAGUAUGUGGAUGAUUUGGGAAAAAUACCCAGAGAAGUACUGGAGGAUGCUGAAAUUAGACUGGUUGUGAUUGGUCAAUCUGCUCAUCGUCACAUAGAGCAAUUCUGCUUGCUCACUGGGUAUCCAUAUGAGAUAUAUGUGGACCCAGAGAGGUGCAUUUACCAAAAGCUGGGGAUGAAGCGAGAGGAGACAUUCACAGGCUCUGCACAGCCUAGUUCCCAUGUCAAGUCUGGUGUUUUUAUGGGCCAAAUGAAGAGCGUAUGGAGAGCCAUGACUAGUCCUGCAUUCGAUUUUCAGGGUGAUCUACAUCAACAAGGUGGAGCCAUCAUUGCAGGACCUGGCUCUCACGUUCAUUUUUCCCAUUUUGAUAUGAAUCGGCUGGACCAUAUGCCCAUCAACUGGCUCCUUCAGCUCGCAGGAAUCCAGCAGACUAUUGACUUCAGCGAUAAGCCAAAAAUUAUUCAUGUCUAGUUAGGUGCCUUCCUGAAAGUGUGCUUCAGCCCAUGUCACUACUGUAAUCACACAUAGAGUGUAUAUACAGUGGGGUCCAAGCUCUAAGACCACUAAAUAAGAUCGUUUCUGAUUGGUAUUUGAGUUUAGCAAGAUUGGCAAACAGAACAUUCCAAUGAUUUUAUCAGCUUAGCAUACCCCUCCCUCCUCUUCUGUCAUCUCUCUUCGCUUUAAUAAUAUCACUCGAGCUGCAGUGCACUCUGCAAGUUUGUACAAAAACUGAUAAGGCAUGUUUUCCUGACAUGAUCUUACAGUGUUCCAAAUAACUUCUUGGGAGGUGAGUGAAUGCUUGGCUUUUCCAGUGCCCCCUUUAAAUGUUCAACAGGGCUGGGGUCUGGUGACUGUGGAGGAAAAAAGUCAAUGGCAGUCAGCUUAGUCUUAUUUGGUUUUCAAAUAAUUCGUGCAAAACUCUGCAGGGUGUUAUUUGUCAUUCAAGGGCUGAAUAUUCCCACUAUGUUUUAUGUGGGUUUGGCUUUGUCUCCUUACGUACAUUCUUAUGUUACCAGCAUAAAUCCCAAACUUGGAUUUAACAGUUUUUUUUUUUUGUUUGUUUGUGCCUUAGCCAACUAUUUGCCCUUGUUCCCUUUCUGAGAAGUGGUUUAGAGAACACUAUCUGUGUGGGACAUUUACUAGGCAGCUUUUGACAGGACUUUAGCAAUUUGGAGUUUUAUAUUCUUUAUUUAACCAGUUCUGUUUAUGAUGAAGAUACUUUUUUUUUAAAUCUCACUAAAAAAAAAGAAGUGUUAUGCAUGAAUUUUCUGAUGUUGAGGUCAUGUUCGGUCUUUGCUUUGGGUACAGCUAAAGGAAAUCUGACUCUACAUUGGAGUUAAAAUAGUCUGUGCUGAAAUUUUGAUGAAAACUGAACAAUGACCUAGAAGUGGAGUCAGAUUUUAAAUAUAUCUUAUUACAUUUCCAUUUUGUCCAGGUUUACAUAAAUAUGACAGAUUUUCAAUAUAGUUUCCACUGUGAGUUGCUUGAUAUGUUGUGUCACUGUUGCAACAAGGAGAGUUCUGUCAGUAACAAAUAUUUUAGUCUGAAGCACUGAGAGCUUUUUCUUGGCCUUGGAAACAGUAUAGGAUUUUUUUUUUUUAAUGCAUUACUGGCAUUUUCCAGCAUUUCCAAUCACAUGUCAAGAACUGAUGGUUAUGCUUGAUGUAAGAGGAUUUUCUUUGUUUUGAAAUACAGUCUGUGGCCUGAAAGCAUAAGUGGUUUAAGUGGGGUAUCAGUGCGUUUGUGCUUAGUUUUCUCCUUUUUUCUAUAUUAUGGUAUGUUAUGUUUUGUUAAUAU